AUGGCGGCCGAGCAGGGUCAGACAACCACAUCUGUCAUUGCCCGAAGCGAUCCCUAUGCUGAGAUCGAGCCGUUCAGCCAGCGCCUGAUCGCAGAGGAGUCGCACAAGUGGUGCGCCGCCUUCCCGUGGGACUACCCAAAGGCGAGCACCAAGGAGGUCGAGAACGACUUUCUCCUUCAGUACUUCACAAGCUCCGAGCUUCACGUGCACAGUCCCAAGUUUCUUGCUCAAGUUUGGAAGUGUAUCGCUCUCUACAAUGCGCAGUUCCGUAUUCCCGCCGUGGUGGAGAAGUGGAUCGCGGAGUCGACCGAGUUGUUGAAGGACUCGGACAUGGUGCAGUAUGCUCUCAUGGACAAUGCCCAGCCGAGCACAGUCUUCGGAGAUUCUGAGCUCACUACUUACCCUGACGCAUUCCUCAAAGUGGCUCUCAAGGGCAUACAGACUCGUCUCAAGAGCAUGGGGGUCUCGCCCGAGGAUGACGAAAUACAGAAGAGCGCACCAGCUGUCAUCACUUCAAACCUCGUCGUCUCUGCAGGCAACAAGGUCGAGCCUACGACUGAGACUGUACCGUCCACCACCACUGCCGCUGGCAUACAAGCUGAGGCACCCAAAUUUGCAGCCACAAACGAGAAGGCAGCUCUACCUUUGGAGCAUGAGACUGGACAGCAACAAGUGCCUGCUAUGACGACUCGCACCAAUCCAACCUUUCACCGCUCCAAUGGGGCCAGCAAUGGUGUUUAUGCGCCACCCGAUCACCACCGCCAACUGAAUUACAAGAAGCCACGAGGCCAGAACAACAAGCGCAACAGUUUCAGCGCCCGUAAUGGUCCUCGACCAUUGGCACCUCCGGGUUUUGAACACACACACCAGCCUUCAAACCACUUCGGCGGAGCAUACGCACCUCCACCGGCGCCCAAUCCAGCUACUGGCUUGCCAUUCAUGAUGACAGGUCGCGGGCCAUCUGGUGGGUAUCAAUUUGGUGGCAAUGAGCAGAUGCCGCCACCUCAUCUGCAAUUCCAACAGUCACAUGGUCCACAGUCAGGAGCAUACAUGCCUCCAGUACUAUCGGCGCAUGCUCCACGAUACCCGGUCGACCCUGGCGUCCCUGGCCCCCGCCUGUACGAUCCUACGGGUCAUGGCACUCAGAUGAUUUACAAUGGUCCAUAUGCUGGGCCUCAACAGGACAUGCCACUGAUGACAGAGCGAACGAAUCUGCAGCACAAUGCACAAUCUUUCAGCUUCGAGGGUCCAACAAACAUGCGCGACGGCAGAGCCCAACAGCGGAACGACAGUGUCACUUCGCGGGCUGGAAAGCGAGGCUAUGGUGGAAGUAUGCGCGGCCGUGGAAGCAUCUCCAACAAGCAAGCUAAUCCCGACACCACGCCGAGGUACAUCAUCCAACAGCGCGACAAGGAUCCUCUGGCCGGACCAUGGCGCAACAACCAUAGUGAGAAUGUGCCACUGCCCAGCCAAGAUGCUCGCAACUCGAUCACUGAGAUUGGACCGCAGCAUCGAGCUCAGCCACAUGUGCAGACAUCUUCUGCUGGCACGAAUUUGUUCGAUCCAAACAUGCGGCCAGCCAUACCUCAGCAACCCCAUGCCAAGCCGUCUUUCUCCACAGAUUUGUGCAGAACCACCUGCACGAAAGACGCGAUCGCAGACGACUGCACCACCGCUACAAAGCUCGUUGUCUUUGACGCUCCUGCUGACAUUGACGAGGACAAGAUCAAGGCAUUUUUUGGUCAAUGGGGCGAGGUGACCUACAUUGGCGGUCCAAAACCUGCAACAGCCAACAGUACGACUCAAUUCAACAUCUGGAUCACGUUCGCGACAGCCGCAGAGGCACGAAAGUGCCUUGCUGCCCGAGGAGCAAUGUGGCCGUUCGGCAAUCGGUACUGCCUUCAGGUAGAGGUCGCGAAGCAGCACUGGGAUGAAACACACAGGGUCAAUAAGCCUCAGUAUGUGCCCUCCGCACCCUCCUUCAUCCCUCGGUUCACGACACAGGGACCAAGAGCUCAAUAUGAGGAAGAGGCGGCGGUGGCGGUGAAGACUGCAGCAGAUAGCGUGGUCUCACUACUGUCUGAAGACACAACACCUACUGCGUCCGGACCCACUACACCCAAGAAGAAGCCAAAGGGUGGCAAGAAGAAGAAGUCGAAGAAGAACGAUCUGCUUGCCGAGGCUACUAAUAAGGCACUCGCUGAAGACGAACCACGCAGCGACCACAAGUCGGGCGAAGGUGACCAACUUUCCAGCACGGUGGUACAAGACGAAGUCUUGGCGCUUGGCGAGCCGCAGAUAGCGACUAUCAACGACCAGACGGGAGCCUCCGCAGAUACUAAAGAACACAGUGGCACCGAUAUGUCUACACUGAAGGAGCAGCCAGCUAACGACAGCCUCAGCAAUUUCCACCCUUCAGCAAUGUCGAACACGAGCACGACGCUUGCGGUUGACAACGCUCCUCCAUCUGGCGGCACUGUUGUGGAGCCUAAGCUUCAGACCUCUGAUGGCCUGCCAGCGAUCACCGACAACGAAAAGGCGGAGCUGGACUCCUCUAAGCCGGGCCCGGGCAACCACGAGUCCCAGAACCUGGGCGUGGAUGCUAAGCUGUCUUCACCAGUCAAGGCUGACACAACAGUCGAACAGCAAUCCGAUCAGGUCACUUCCGGUGAAGGAAGCGCCGAGACCCCCAAAUCCUCAGUUCAGUCUCCCUCCAGCUUGAAGAGCAGCAAGAAAGCACCGAUCCCCAAGAUCCCGGGUCACAAGGUACCUUCCGCCCUGCCCAACCUCACUGUCGAAGCAACUCCGCCUGCACCCAGCGGGCCUGGUAAGGACAAGGAGCAGAAGGCCAAUGACGUGAAGCAUAAAGCCGGUGAGCUUGAGAUCCCCAAGCAGCGCUCGGCCUCAGAUGGUUCUGAGGGGACCACGCUUGAUUAUCUCACAGCCCCAAAUACACCUGCAGUACCGCGGCACUCGUCCGUGGGAGAGGAGUCGAAGGGCGUCAAGCAGACGAAAGCAAAGGGACCAGAUCAGACUGAGUCGCUCAGCGUCUUCAGCAGCAAGACGAAGACGAAGCGAAAGGCCUCGAAGCCCACAAAGACCAAAGGCUCAAUCAAGGGCAAGCCAUCUACGUCAGAUGGGUUCGCGAGUCCAAGUUCAGCGCCGAGUCGUGUGACCAGCGACGCAGCUACGCCAGCUCCCCAGGACCAACCAUUACAAGGUCAGGUGCCAUUGCAAGCAGCUGCAGUACGGGAGUCGGUCGACGCGCCACGACCGUAUCCCGAGCAGUCUGUCCACGAAAUGGUGACAGCAAAGGCCGCUGUGUCUGCGAGCGAAGUGACAUCACCUACUUCAGUGCCGACGACCAAAGCGGCUCGCCGAGGUACUCUUGGUACGAUCAUGUCUUGGGUUAAGGGCGGCUCUCAGCCAAUUCAGAACGUCGCCAAUGGUAGUGAUGCAGACAGCAAGAUCGAAGAGCAAGGACCAGAACAGCAUGACUCUGCUAACGCCAGCACUAUACCAGCGACUACUGCUGACGUUGGCGGCCCAGACCGUCAAGCUCAAGGCGACACUCUCGAGUCUGUGGGCCUGGGCAUAUCCGGUGGUGCUACUGAUGGCCAAGCUGCUGAGGCUCAAUCGAAGAGCAAGAAGAAGAAGGCUAAGUCGAAGAGCAAGAAGGAGCCUCAGGCGGAACUUACAGCAGGCGAUGUUUCUCGCACCGGAACGGAUGUGGCCAUGCCCCUGUAUGAGUAUCCAGAGGGUGAUGCGCGUAGAACCGACAGCUCUGCUUCCAGUGACAGCCUCUCCAGCAGAAUGGUCAAAGCAGCACAGGAGGCACAGAAGGGAACGCGCGUGAUUGAGCCGAAGCCAAUGCGUAAGACGCAUAAGCGAUCGGCAAGCAACAAGGUUGCCUCACAGGACAGCGCGGAGCAGUCGACAGCGUCAGCUGGGAGCAAUCGGCGAGCAUCCAAAGGCGUGAGUGCUAUCCUAGCCGGGCGGAAGGCACCUUCCCCAGGCUACCUCAUCUUACUUGUCGGCCCUCGUGCUGAUUUUAAGCAGGGCGUUGAGCAUAUGCUCCUAACCGAGCGCAUUGAAGAUGUGACAGAUCUGGGUGAGACUGAGACAGAUGUCACUGAUCCCAAGGUGUUCGACAGCAAGAGCAAGAAAGCAGAUGCAAAUGACAGAGUCAGCCCAGAGGUUGAGGAGAUGCGAGCUCGGCUGAACAAGCUUCACCAGAAGGAGCUGGAGGUGAAGCAGAACAAGGGCAAAGAGAAGGCAGAUGUUCAGUAG